CAAGCAAGUCCUUAUAGCGUCGGGUAUUGACAUCAGAAAAUGGAGGCUGAUAGAGGUACAGCUUCAGAGACUACCAGAGAGUCUCGCGCCUCUCCUCCAGCUGCUCCGCCUGGAGCAGAACCUCUCAAAGAAGAAGCAAGCCCGAGCCAGCAGCCAGCCCCUCCGCCUCCCUCACCAAACGGUGCAGCUAAGUCAGGCUCCUGCCCUACUAAUGGAGAUGCAACCCUAGGACUCUACAAGAAAGGCUACAUUCUUCAGACCACCAUUGGCAAUGGAGCUUAUGCUAAAGUAAAGCUUGCGCACUCCGUCUCUAUGAACAAGAAGGUUGCUAUAAAGAUAGUUGACAAGAAGAAAGCUCCACACGACGUCUUGACAAAGUUUCUACCAAGAGAAAUCGAUGCACUUCAGGCAAUGAGAGGCCAUGAUAACAUCAUAUAUCUUCAUGAGGUAAUACACACCAAUGACAAGAUCUUCAUGGUAAUGGACCUAGCUGACAAUGGAGACCUCCUCGACUACAUAAACUCAAAGAAAAGACUCAGUGAGAGAACCGCCAGAUCAUUCUUCCGUGACAUGGUCUCGGCAAUUACCGCAACUCAUCGGAAAGACAUCGUCCAUAGAGAUAUAAAGUGUGAAAACCUUCUCUUAGAUGCCAACUAUCGUCUCAAAAUAUCCGACUUUGGUUUUGCACGUUCAGUACAAGAAGGUUCACUGCUGGAGACUUACUGUGGAUCAUUUGCUUAUGCAGCUCCGGAAAUAAUAAGAGGAGAACCGUACUCUGGCAAGAAAUCAGACGUGUGGAGUAUGGGAGUUGUCCUGUAUGCCAUGGUCUGUGGUAAGCUCCCGUUCAAAGAUGGCGACUUUAAGAGCUUGCUAAGACAGAUUACAGCAGGUGUUUCAUUUCACAGUGAUGUUAGUGAAACCUGUAGGGAUCUGAUAUUAAAGAUCCUGGUUCUAUCGCCUACUGAGAGACUCUCAACAAGCAGCAUACUCUCACACGCCUGGAUGAGAGCUGAUCCUGAAACUCGAUAACUUUUAACGUUUUCUACUCAAUUUUUUACAUGUUAACAAAUGAUCUUUUAGCUUUAUU